AUGGACAACAACAACAACCAGCAACCACCACCAAACUCCGUCUACCCACCACCGCCUCCUGGCUCAUCCUCCUCCGUAAUCCCUCCUCCUCCCCCUGGAUCUUCAGCUUUAGUCGCCGGCGGAGGAGGAGGAGCCUCUUACCACCACCUCCUCCAGCAACAACAACAACAUCUUCAAUUUUUCUGGAACCAACAGCGACAAGAGAUCGAACAGGUUAACGAUUUCAAAAACCACCAGCUUCCUCUCGCGCGGAUCAAAAAAAUCAUGAAAGCCGACGAGGAUGUUCGUAUGAUCUCCGCGGAAGCGCCGAUCCUUUUCGCCAAAGCCUGCGAGCUUUUCAUCCUCGAGCUUACCAUCAGAUCCUGGCUUCACGCCGAGGAGAACAAACGCCGUACGCUUCAGAAAAACGACAUCGCCGCCGCGAUCACUCGGACCGAUAUCUUCGAUUUCCUCGUCGAUAUCGUUCCUAGGGAGGAGAUCAAGGAGGAGGAGGAAGCGGCGGCUGCUCUCGGAGGUAUGGUGACUCCCGCCGCGAGCGGCGUUCCUUAUUAUUACCCGCCGAUGGGUCAACCGGCUGUUCCUGGAGGUAUGAUGAUGGGAAGGCCGGCGAUGGAUCCUAACGGCGUUUAUGCUCAGCCUCCGUCUCAGGCGUGGCAGAGCGUUUGGCAGAACUCAGCCGCCGGCGAUGAUGUGUCUUACGGAAGCGGAGGGAGUAGCGGCCAUGGAAAUCUCGAUAACCAAGGUUGA